AGCAAGCGAAGGUCAUAGAAAAAUCUAUUGAUUUCAAAGUUGGGAUCUUUUGUGGAAGUUCAAAACACUUAAAGAGCCACCACGACUGGGAAAAGGAAAUUGAGGAUUAUGAGGUCCUUGUUAUGACUCCUCAGAUAUUGCUACAUAAUCUGUCACAUUGCUUUAUCAAGAUUGAAUUUAUCUCGCUUCUGAUAUUUGAUGAGUGUCACUAUGCCCAACUUGAAAGCAAUCAUCCUUAUGCUGAAAUCAUGAAGAUCUUCUACAAAAUGGAUGUCGCAAAACUUCCUCGGAUUUUUGGCAUGACUGCAUCUCCAAAAUUAGGAAAAGGUGGCUCGAUUGAUGGUCUUGAAGCGUUGCUGCGAGCAAAGGUUUAUUCUGUUGAGGAUAAGGAUGAACUGGAAAAAUUUGUUACAUCCCCAAAAGUAAAUGUGUACUAUUAUGGUUCGAAUGAGAAUAGCAAUUCUUCCCCUCACAUGAUCUAUACUGUCAAACUUGAGGAGAUAAAGCACCAGUGUAUGUUGGCACUUCGGAUGAACUUGCUUGAUCCUAUUAUUCUCAGGAGCACCAAAAAGUUGCUUCAAAAGCUGCAUUGUAAUUUAAUAUUUUGUCUAGAGAACCUUGGAUUAUGGGGCGCUUUACAGGCCAGCUACAUCUUCCUAAAGGGUGAUUAUUAUGAGAAUACCGAACUGGUGGAGGCAGAAGAGAGUUGCACAGAUGGCAACUUAUGCAACAAGUAUUUGCAUCAGGCUGCUUCAGUCCUUGCUACUGAUUGCAUGGGAGAUGGCAUGGAAGCUGAUUUGUCCUGCGUAGAUGUUUUGAAGGAGCCUUAUUUUUCAAGAAAGCUCUUACGGCUUAUUGGAAUUCUAUCCAGCUUCAGGUUACAGCCUGAUAUGAAAUGCAUCAUAUUUGUUAAUAGGAUUGUCACUGCAAGAUCCCUCUCGUAUAUAUUGCGGAAUCUAAAGUUUUUAAAUUCUUGGAAGUGCGGCUUCCUCGUUGGAGUUCAUGCUGGACUUGUUUCACGUAAAAGUACAAACAUCAUUCUUGAGAAGUUCCGUUCUGGUGAGCUGAAUCUGUUGGUUGCAACAAAAGUGGGUGAAGAGGGACUAGAUAUUCAGACAUGUUGCCUUGUAAUACGCUUCGAUCUUCCUGAAACAGUUUCAAGUUUUAUUCAAUCUAGAGGUCGUGCACGUAUGCCCCAAUCUGAAUAUGCAUUUUUGGUUAACAGGGGAAACCUAAGAGAACUCAAUUUGAUUGAACAUUUUAAAAAAGAUGAAGCUCAGAUGAAUGAAGAAAUUUCCUUGAGAAAAUCUCAUACACCAAUAACCGACUUUGAGGAGAUAACCUAUAAAGUGGAUAAUACUGGGGCCACUAUCAGUUCUAUAUUGAGUAUCUCGUUGCUGCAUCGCUACUGUUCACAACUUCCUCAUGAUGAGUAUUUCAACCCAAAGCCCCAGUUCUUUUACUAUGACGAUGCAGAUGGAAUGGUUUGCAACAUAAUUCUCCCAGCCAAUGCUCCAAUUCAUCAAAUUGUCAGCUCACCACAACCUUCAACAGAGGCUGCUAAGAAAGAUGCCUGUUUGAAAGCAUGCAAGGCACUACAUGAAGUUGGAGCAUUGACUGAUUAUCUUUUGCCGGAGCAAGAUGAUAAAUAUGACGAAUCGUCUGAGGAGUUAUGUGAUUCUGAUGGCACCGAUGAGGACGAAUCACGAGCAGAACUGCAUGAGAUGCUUGUCCCAGCAGCCCUUAGGAAACCGUGGCGAGAAGUGGAGAAUUCCACUUACUUUUAUUCGUACUACAUCAAGUUUUGUCCUAAUCCUGUAGACAGAGCAUACAGAAGGUUUGGUCUUUUUAUGAAAGAGCCACUUCCAGAAGAGGCUGGGAAAAUGAAAGUUGAUCUUUGUUUGGCCCGUGGUAGAAUGGUGAUGACUCAGCUUAUUCCAUCUGGAACUGCUAGAUUUGACAAAGAUGAGAUCGCCGCAGCUGAAAUGUUCCAGAAAAUGUUUCUCAAAAUUAUUCUUGAUCGGCAUCAAUUUAUACCAGAAUACGUCUCACUCGAAAAUAAUGAUGUCUACGAGUUGAGUUCCUCAACCUGCUACCUGUUGCUUCCUGUUAUCCAGCAUGAGGAUGAUAAAAUCUCUGUAGACUGGACACUGGUCAACAGAUGUUUGUCAUCUCCAAUUUUCAGACACCCUGGCAUUGGCGGGGGUGAUGAGACCUCUCAAGUUAAAAACUAUUUGCAUCUUGCCAAUGGUCAGAAAAGUGUACAUGACGUUGUGAACAGUUUGGUGUAUGUCCCUUGCAAAGAUAUAUUUUUCUUCAUUUCGGAUAUUUUGCCAGAGAAAAGUGGAUACAGCUUGUAUAAUGACUCAAAAAGUCAUGUGGAGCACUACACUGAAAUGUUUGAUAUUCAUCUUUCAUACCCUGAUCAACCCCUUUUGAAAGCCAAACAGCUUUUUGUUUUGGACAACUUACUGCGAAAGAAGAAACAUUCAGAAGAAUGGCGAGAGAAAGAGGAACACUUCAUUGAAUUGCCUCCCGAAAUUUGUCAGUUGAAAGUUAUUGGUUUUUCAAAAGAUAUUGGAAGUUCAUUGUCCCUGUUACCAUCAAUUUUGCACCGACUUGAAAGCUUUCUUGUGGCCAUUGAGUUGAAGGAGAAAUUGGUUGCUUCAUUCCCUGAGGGAGCAGAAGUUACUGCUGAACGUAUUCUUGAAGCUCUCACAACAGAAAGAUGCUAUGAACACUUUUCUCUUGAGAGGCUUGAAGUGCUUGGAGAUGCAUUUCUCAAGUUUGCAGUUGGUAGACAUCUUUUUCUCAAGCAUGAUGCCUUAGAUGAAGGACAACUAACUAGAAAGCGUUCCAACAUUGUCAACAAUUCUAAUUUACUCAAGCUGGCGACAAGGAACAAUUUACAGGUAUAUAUACGCGAUCAGUCAUUUGAGGCUGACCAAUUCUUUGCAUUUGGCCGUUCUUGUUCUAUAAGUUGCAACAAGGAAACUGAGAAAACAAUUCACCCUCGGAGUUAUGACAAGAAAAAUAGUGCAAAUGCCGAAGUAAGAUGCAACAAAUGUCAUCACUGGUUGCAUAACAAGACUGUUGCAGAUGUUGUUGAGGCACUUGUUGGAGCUUUUAUAGUUGACAGUGGCUUCAAAGCUGCAACUGCAUUUCUUAAUUGGCUCGGCAUAGAAGUAGAUUUCAUGCGUUCGGAGAUUGAUAAUAUCUGCUCUGCUAGCAAGGCAUUUCUGCCACUUGCUGAUCAGAUGGAUGUUAAUGCCCUUGAAGAUCUUCUAGGAUACAAGUUCGCCCACAAGGGUUUGCUCAUUCAGGCCUUUGUUCAUCCAUCUUUCAACAAUCAUUUGGGAGGUUGUUACCAGAGACUUGAAUUUCUUGGAGAUGCUGUCUUGGAUUAUUUGAUCACUUCCUAUCUGUAUUCGGUGUAUCCGAACUUAAAACCAGGCCAGUUAACAGAUCUAAGAUCAGUAUCAGUGAACAACAUUUCAUUUGCUGAUGUGGCUGGAAGAUGGUCCUUUCACAAAUUUAUUAUUUGCGAUUCUAGUGUUCUCCGUGAAACAAUGACCAAGUAUGUGAACAACAUUGGAAGCUCAGCAACAGGGAAAGGGCGCAUUGAAGAGAAAACUUGCCCAAAGGCUCUUGGUGACUUGGUCGAGUCUUGUAUGGGCGCCGUAUUUCUUGACACAGGAUUCGAUUUGAACCAUGUUUGGAAGAUAAUGCUGUCCUUGCUGGACCCUAUUAUUAGUUUCUCGAAGCUGCAAAUGAAUCCUCUUAGGGAACUUCAUGAACUCUGCCAAUCCUAUAACUGGGAGGUGCAGUUUUCUUCUUCAAAGAGAGACGGAAAAUUCAUAGUUGAAGCUAAAGUGGAUGAAGGAAAGGUCUGUGCCACUGCUUCAGCCACCAACAUCAGCGGAAAGGUUGCCAGGAGAAUGGCUGCAAGACAACUAUCCGAGUGUCUGAAGGCUCAAGGUUACAAAUCCAAAACAAAGUCACUGGAGGAAGUGCUUAGAAAAAGUAAAAAGAUGGAAGCUGAAUUGAUCGGAUAUGAUGAGAAGCCAUGUUAUGGAACUGCUGAAUUUGGUGGGCUGAAACUGCUGGAAAAUUCUCAAAGUGAUCAUGAUGUAAAAGUGUAUGCUCUUAGUGAGACAUCAACCAGUAAAUCUCGUACCAUUCCCAAACCUAUCAGGGAUCGUCCUUUUGCACACGAAGCUUCAGAAUUCCACAACAUUAAAAGUAACGACUACAUAAUUGAUUCACCUGACAUCCAUCUAACUAAUGGCUGUGAUGCUGAUCCACAGGGAACAGGUGCUUCUCUGACUGUGUCGGCAAAAUCACGUCUCUAUGAAAUAUGCGCUGCUAACUGCUGGAAACCACCUCUUUUUGAAUGUUGGAAGGAGACGGGACCAAGCCACAUAAAGGAAUUCAUUUUCAAGAUUGUGAUGGAAAUUGAAGAACUGCCAAACCAGAUAUUCGAGUUCUACGGAGAACCUCGAAUGAGGAAGAAGGAUGCUGCUGAGCAUGCAGCACAGGGCGCGCUUUGGUACCUAAAGCAAGAAGGGUAUAUUUGGGAUAAAAAGCUGGACCGCUGAGACUAUAACACAUUAACCUGUACUUGCUUACUAUUCCGUGGCUGUUAUAUAUCCCUAAUGAUUGUACAAAGUGUGUGUACAUAGGUAUACAUACGUUCUGUAUAUGAACUGCGUUAUCGUAGGGCAAACUUGAAACUAUAGCUUCCUUGUUGCUGGCUACUUUGACAGUUCACUACUAAUUGCAGUCUUCCUUACAUGUACUUGAGUUCUAAAUAUUAACGUUGUCGCCUCAUCUUGCAUGUAAUAUGGAGCGGCAAAAUUCUUGUUUGGUCGAAUUUAAAUUAAUUACAUAUUUGCUA